AUGGAACCAUCGCGUUUGUCGGAGGCCAGGGCCACGCCGUAUCUCAUUUUCCUCGUCCUGAUCACGACGCUGGGGCCGCUGCAGUUCGGAUAUCACCUGGCUGAGUUAAAUGCGCCUCAAGCGGUGAUUACCUGCGAAAAGAAGAGCAUACAGUCGUCCUGGCUUGGCCUCGCUUCAUCGUCCGGCGGACUUCCUCAAUGUAUUCCCAUGAACCCGUCGCAGUUCGGCCUCGUCUCGUCGAGCUAUACCCUGGGUGGUCUGCUCGGAGCCUUGCUCGCUGGUCCAUUGUCCACAAAGUAUGGGCGCGUACUCGCGUUGCGAGCCACGACUCUUUUCUUCGUGCUUGGGCCAAUUGCUGAAGCCCUAGCGCCCAGCAUUCCGGUGUUUGUUUCCGGGAGACUACUAUCUGGAGUGGGAGCCGGAGCAGCGAUCGUGGUCGGGCCAAUCUACAUUGCCGAAAUCGCCCCUCCUAAAGAUAGGGGCUUUUUUGGCGCUUUCACGCAGGUCAUGACGAAUGUGGGCAUCCUUGCGACGCAGUCCUUAGGGUAUUUCUUGAGUAAGGGGAUCCUUUGGCGUAUCAUUCUUGCAGUUGCAGGCUUCAUCGGCCUAGCAGACCUUCUUGGUCUGUUGUUCGUCCCCGAGAGCCCGAUCUGGCUAGCAGAGCAUCAACGUUUAGCCCACGCCAAACGGAUCCUCCAGCGAAUUCGGGGCCAAAACGCCGAUAUACAUGCUGAGAUCAAAAACUGGCAAAUCAAUAUCUCCUCCACCGAUACUACAGAGGAAGAAUCGCUUCUAACCCUUCCGCCAGGAAAUCUUCCACCCAAGAAACCGCCCGUCUCCAUCUUCGGCGUGGUUCGCGAUCCUCUUUAUCGCCGGGCCAUAAUUGCCGUUGUUGCUGUAAUGAUAACCCAACAAUUUACGGGAAUAAAUAGCAUCAUCAUGUACAGCGUAUCUCUCCUCUCCACCAUCCUUCCAACCACUGCCGCUCUUCUUACUGUCAUUGUUUCUUCCAUCAACCUUUUCACGACUCUCCUCUGCGCGCCCCUUGCCGACAAGCUUGGUCGGAAGAAGUGCCUUCUUCUUAGCAUAACGGGAAUGGGCGUGUCUUCUGCUCUCCUAGCUAUCAGCAUUGCUUCUAACCUCAAGCUCCUUUCUGCUAUCUCUACCCUGCUCUUUGUAGCAAGUUUUGCCGUUGGCCUAGGCCCGGUCCCUUUCAUCCUUGCGUCUGAGCUCGUCGGCCCGGAAGCCGUAGGUGCAACACAGAGUUGGGCGCAGGCGACAAACUGGGUAGCAACGUUUAUUGUGGCACAGUUUUUCCCAGCAUUGAAUGUCGCUUUAGGAGGGAAAGGGAAGGUCUAUUGGGUCUUUGCCGGCAUGGCACUGACCUUAGGUGGAUUUAUUGCUUGGUGGGUGCCGGAGACGAAGGGGAAAACAACCAUGGAUGAAGUCUGGGGUAGAGCUGACAGGAGAGUUGAUUGA